UAGUAUGGACCAGUGGUAUUUUUUGGCAUCACCGCGCCGGUCACACCAACAGAAACGUGCUACCCAUUUCCGGCUGUUCUUCCUCUUUCUUUUUGCCAUUGUCAGCCGACGAAGUGCUUUAACCCAAACUAUCAACAUGGUGGCCGUUAAGAAACAAAAGAAGGCGUUGGAGAGCACCAAUGCCCGUUUGGCGCUGGUGAUGAAGUCCGGCAAGUACUGCCUGGGAUACAAGCAGACCUUGAAGACCCUGCGCCAGGGCAAGGCCAAACUGGUGCUCAUCGCCAGCAACACCCCCGCCCUGAGGAAGUCCGAGAUCGAGUACUACGCCAUGCUGGCCAAGACUGAAGUCCAGCAUUACAGCGGCACCAACAUUGAGCUGGGCACCGCCUGCGGUAAAUACUUCCGCGUGUGCACCCUGUCCAUCACCGAUCCUGGAGAUUCGGACAUCAUCCGCUCGCUGGAGUCGGCCUAAACUUAUUUUUAAUCGAACAAGACGACCCAAUAAAGUUUUGUAUGAGCAGAGAUAAAGUUUAAAAUAAAAACACUAUUAUUUUGGUAAAUUCACAGAGA